CGAGUGUGCUUAACAGAGGAAACCAAGAACAUCAAGUUAGUUUUAAUUUCGGCAAUCGAUCGUUGAUAGAAGACGUAAUUAGACAUAUUUCAAUAUUUACAAGUAUAAGCAUUAAUGGAUUGGUACUCGAGAUCGAAAAGAGGAUCACUUUCAUCUACUACCGGAAGUGUAUCGGCACCAGGGAUCCCUGGAGGGGUGUCAUACUCACCCAAGGGAUAUAAUCAACCGACCAGUACUCCAAAUUUAGGCCGGGGAGGGAAUACUACCCCAACAUUUACGAGUCCACUGCAACGAAGUAAUUUUUAUAGUAAUUAUCAUCCGUUACUACCACCCAGUUCCAGUCUCAGCAGUGGGACUAGUGGAGGCGGGAGCUCCAGUAAUAAUCAAAGUCCUAUUAGCGGACAAAACGUUGGUGGUAAUAAUACCAUUAAUAGUGGGAAUCAAAUGGUAUUUGAUAAUGGGAUAAAUGAUCGACAUCUGUAUUAUUUUUCACAAUUACCAUUGAACUGUUGUGACUGGACCAAGCUAGAAGGAGCAGGAGGAGGAGCAGAGAUGGAUUGCAUAGCAUUAAGUUCAUAUAAGGAAGGAUUUAAUAAUAAGAUUCAGGUUAUACAUGGAGUAGCGUAUUCAAAUAAUCUGAAUGAUUCAAUUGCUAUUGAAGAUGAAGCCGAAUACUCUAAUUCAGUUGACGGGUUUGAUAUGUAUAAGGUUGCUGAAGUAUUGGUUGAUUAUCCAGUUACUAAUUUGCAAUGGGAUCCAUCAAUGAAUAAUGUUAAUAAUGGAUAUAAUGAAAGAUUAGCAGCUAGUCUGGAAGUACUUCGAUUAUACAAAGUUGAACAUGAGAAUUAUGAUGCUAACAACAAUUUCCAGUUAACUCAAACUCAUAUUUUAGCAAAUAAUUCAACUAGUCAAUCAACUAAAAAUGGAGAUAAAAACGGGAGUACCGAAGAUAUAAAUACUUUCCCACCGGUGACAUCAUUUGAUUGGAAUAAAGUUGAUCCGAGAAUACUCAUUACUUCGUCGGUGGAUACCACCUGUACUGUUUGGGAUUUGACUCGAUCAAGCAGCCGAAAUACAAGUGAUGGUAAAAUGGAUAUUGCUCAAGUUAAAACCCAAUUAAUUGCCCAUGACCUGGAAGUUUUCGACGUGAAAUUCAUUCAUGAUUCAACCAAUAUAUUUGCCAGUGUUGGUAACGAUGGUUCUAUGAGAGUAUUUGAUUUAAGAUCCUUAGAACAUUCCACCAUCAUCUACGAACCAACUACAAACAGUUCAACCAACUUGAGUGCUGGUGGUGGCCAUUACAAUUCUAAUGCAUUAAUCAGGUUAUCCACUUCAAACGUUGAUUCUCAUUAUUUGGCUACUAUUGGUGUUAAUCUGAAUCAAAUCAUCGUCAUAGAUAUGAGAAUGCCUGGUAUCCCGGUGGUUACCCUCGAUGGCUCUUUAGGAGGCAUGAAUAACGCAGCGAUCAACUCUAUCAAAUGGCAUCCUCUCUCCAACCAUUUACUAACCGGUGGUGAUGACUGUCAAGCCUUGGUCUGGGACUGUACUACUUUAUCUAAAUCUCCAAAUACCGAUUCAGCUACAACGGCACCGGCCAAUCCCAAUGACGUGGGCAAAUUGAAAAACGGAGAAUUGGGCAUGGUCAUCGACUGUCCGGUAUUAUCCUACGAAGAAGAAUUGGAAGUGAACAACGUCUGCUGGCGUCGUAAUGCCGGCGACUGGAUGGGGGUUGUCAGUGGUAAAGGGUUCCAAGCUGUUCUGAUAUAAAACAAACGCAUUUUCUUUUUGCAUUUUUUUUCUUUUUUUGCUUUCUUUCUUUGACUUCCUUAUCAAUACAUGAUAUGUCCCCUGGACGUCCAAGACGGCCAGGUAUCAAGCCAACAAGCCAUCGACUGCAAAAUCAAGUAUCUUCGUGUAGUUCCGAAAAUAAUCGUAUAAUCUAAAAAUAAAAAAAGGGUGUCUCAGUUUUUGUUGCCCGGGACACGCCCUCCUUCUCGCUCCA